GUUGCCUAGGCUUAAAUACGUCUCUUAUCACCCCACAUAGCAGGUAGCUCAACGAGUAUGUCAAGUUGUCAGACGCACGCAUCAGUUCUUCAUGGUCGAUUCAUUUCAGGAGUUCACAUUGUUUCUAGAAACGUUAUUGUAGUAUGUAUAUUCGCGCACAUGUAUUGGGCUAUAGAUCUGUUUACGAUGUAGCCUAACAUACGCUGGUUUCAAGAUAACCUAAUAGCGUUUAUCUAGAACACACACAGAAAUACAGAACGAAACGAGGAAGGAGCCACGCGCUCGGAGGGAGUUGCUUGCUUUAGCAGAACCAACAGUGGAGUCGACCAUGGGGAUGCAAGAGGACAUGACAGUGAACACGACAGUGAACAUAUCGACAGUCGGUAAAAUAACCUUUCUGGACUCUGAGUUCCGUUACACCCUCUUCCCAGUGUUUUACGGUGUUGUGUUCGUCCUUGGUCUGAUAGCCAACAGUUACGUGCUGUUCGUGCUGCAGCGCCUGCGCAACGCCAAGGCCAUGAAUGAGAUCCGCAUCUACAUGGCCAACCUGACUGUUGCCGACCUGCUCUUCGUGUGCGCCCUCCCCUUCUGGAUUGGCUACUACUACCACCGCGGUGACUGGCGCUACGGCGACUUCCUGUGCCGCGUCACCGGCGCGUUCUUUUUCAUCAACACCUACUGCUCCAUCCUCUUCCUCGCCGCCAUCAGCGUCAACCGUUACUGGGCCAUCACGCGCCCGCUGGAUGCCGCCUCGUCUAACCAUUGGCGCCGCGGGGUGGCCAUCACAGCGGUCAUCUGGGCGCUCACUCUGUCCAUGUCCGUGCCGUACCUCUUGGAGACGGGCAUCCAGGUGGACGACGGCAACGAGGCGCGCUGCUUUGAGGGCUACCAUGACAAGACUGACGACGAGAAGCGGACUGUGGCCACCACCCACCUCAUCAUCGUGGGGUGCUUCAUCUUGGUCUUCUUCCUCGUAUUAAUCUGUAACCUGCUCAUCGCCCGUGCCCUGCUCACCCAGUCCCCUACCCAGCAUCGGGGCUCCAGUUCAUCCCAGCUCCGGGGGGUGAAGGGCCAGGCCCUGCAGAUGCUGUGUGCCGUGGUGGGGGUGUUUGUGGUGUGCUUCCUCCCCCACCACGUGGUCCAGGGCCCCUGGACUCUGGCUGUACUGGAUAUCAAGGAGGGCUGGGGCAGAAUGGACUGGGGCCAACGGACCAGGCAGUGGCUUAACGACGCCCACCAGGUCACCUUGAUGCUGAUGGGGCUCAACUGCCUCCUGGACCCUGUGGUGUACUGCUUCGCCACCAGGAAGUUCCGCCUGUACAUCAAGGACAAUCUGAAAAAGGUGAUGAGGGGCAAAGGAUGCUCGGAAACAGCCAUCACACACAUUUCUAUGGUGGAGUGCAAGAAUGUGAGCCAGCGGCUCCAUAGCGAACAGCAGCAGCUGAAGGUUUAAAUCUCUAGAUGACAUGGUAUUGUAGAUAUUGUAUCUAAUGCUAAUACUGUUGUUAGUAACCACAUCCUCAGGAUGCUUCAUUCCAUCACACCCACACCUAACAAUGAACACAGUGCAGAACAUGCACUCUGCUAUGUAGCCUCAUGUUCAUUCAGACACAUCACAUGAACAGAUGCACCACCACACAGCCCCACCCAGAGUAUGGUUCCCCUCUAGAUUUCCUUCCUGUAGGGAUUUGUCCUGGCCACUGUGCCAGCUAUAAUCAGUGCUUUAAAGAAGCUUUGGACCAUUGAUUCUUUGUUUUCACAUACUCUACAUUGUAUCUCACACUUUGUUAUUGUGACUUCAAUUUAAUCACGUUUCUUCCUGUUCUUCUAGUGUAAUCAGAGAAGAUAAGCAGAUGUUUCUAUAAAGGAUUGCAAAAUAGCUCUACAAACUCAGUCCCAAGCCACUAGACUAGAUCCUUAGAUAAAAUGGAUAUCAAAUUACAUUUUAAAUAUCACAUGCACUGAAUGCAACAGGUGUAGGUAGACCUUACAGUGAAUUGCUUACUUACAAGCCCUUAACAAACAAUAGUCCUACCACUGUUGGAGCCAUCUAACUUGGGUGCUGAACAAUAGCUGGUCGUGAGCAAGGAAUAAAAUAAAUCCUUGUUCCUGAGCACCUAAUAUGGACACAUAUUAAUAACAAUGAGCUUUUUAGGAUGCUGGCUCUCCGUAAAGUUCAUGCAUUUUGGGAAAAGCUAACCUUUGUAAUGAAAUGAAACUGCAAUUGCCAAAUGAGCUAUGCAAGGAUUGCGUUGAUUUUAGCCUACAGAUUAUUUUAGCCUACUCUCACAUGUGGUAUGAUGUGAAAUUGUAUACGUUUUGCAAUUUUUGUAAGAUUGCAAAUGAAAUACUGUGAGGCAAAAAGUACUUUGGGUGACACUUUAUUUGGACAGUCUGGAUAUCCCAUCUAGAGAUUCUGUACAUACUAUGAAUAAACUAUCUGUUGAUAAGAAAUUGCUUGCUAAGGUUACGCUUCUGGUUAGAAUAAGUGUUAGCUUAAGGGUUAAGGUUAGGAUAAGGGUUAUGUUUAAGAUUAGGGUUAAAUGCUAGUGGAUAGUUGAAAUGUUAGUGAUAUUAUUGUUACAGCUACUUAUUGCACAGAAUGAGGGAAUAAUAUAUUUCACUGCCCUUUUUAAGAGGCUGGUAACCAUGUGAUGAACUUGAUGACUUCUCAACCUCCAGCUACUGAAGUAUUAACAGAGACGUGGCGGUUAUGAAGCUAAUAGACCUCUGGUGUAAAUGUUGCAGUAACUGUAACUCUAUGUGUGUGAUGCAUUCAAAACAUAUUGUGUAAUACGCUGUACUGCAUUCUCAAUAAAUAUGAUUUAACAGAUACAUUACAGUUCAAAACUUUGGGGUCACUUAGAAAUGUCCUUGUUUUUGAAAGAAAAGCUCAUUUUUAAUCCAUUAAAAUAACAUCAAGUUGAUUUGAAAUACAGUGUAGACAUUGGUAAUGUUGUAAAUGACUAUUGUAGCUGGAAACGGCAGAUUUUUUUAUGGAAUAUCUACAUAUUAUGAGCAGUCAUCAGUCCUGUGUUCCAACGGCACGUUGUGUCAGCUAAUCCAAGUUGAUCAUUUUUAAAGGCUAAUUGAUCAUUUGAAAACCCUUAUGCAAUUAUGUUAGCACAGCUGAAAACUGUUGUUCUGAUUAAAGAAGCAAUAAUACUGGCCUUCUUUAGACUAGUUGAGUAUCUGGAGCAUCAGCAUUUGUGGGUUUGAUUACAGGCUCAAAAUGGCCAGAAACAAAUAAUAAAUAUUAAAAAAUAAUAAUAAACAAAUAAUAUUCUUGUUCUGAGAAAUGAAGGAUAUUCCAUGCGAGAAAUUGCCAAGAAACGGAAUAUCUCGUACAAACCUGUGUACUACUUUCUUCACAGAACAGCGCAAACUGUCUCUAACCAGAAUAUAAAGAGGAGUGGGGAGGCCCCAGUGCACAACUGAGCAAGAGGACAAGUACAUUCGUGUCUAGCUUGAGAAACAGACAACUCACAAGCCCUCAACUGGCAGCUUCAAUAAAUAGUACCCGCAAAACACCAGUCUCAACGUCAACAGUGAAGAGGCGACUCUGGGCUGCUGGCCUUCUAGGCAGAGUUCCUCUGUCCAGUGUCUGUGUUCUUUUGCCCAUCUUUUCUUUUUAUUGGCCAGUCUGAGAUAUGGGUUUUUCUUUGCAACUCUGCCUACAAGGCCAGCAUCCUGGAGUCACCUCUUCAUUGUUGACGUUGAGACUGGUUGUUUUACGGGUACUAUUUAAUGAAGCUGUCAGUUGAGGACUUGUGAGGCGUGUCCAACUAGUCCAAAAAAGGACAGUUUUAUUGCUUCUUUAAUCAGGACAACAGUUUUCAGUUGUGCUAACAUAUUGCAAAAGGGUAUUCUAAUGAUCAAUUAUCCUUUGAAAAUUAUAAACUUGGAUUAGCUAACACAAUGUGGCAUUUGAACACAGGAGUGACGGUUGCUGAUAAUGGGCCUCUGUACACCUAAGUAGAUAUUCCAUUAAACAUCAACCAUUUCUAGUCUCAAUAGUCAUUUACAACAUUAACAAUGUCCACACUGUGUUUCUGAUCAAUUUGAUGUCAUUUUAAGGGACAUAAAGUUGGCUUUUCUUUCAAAAACAAGGACAUUUCUAUUCUAUUUCUUUUGAACGGUAGUGUAUAUUGUUAUUGAAAUGCCUGUU